AUGAAGUUCUCGACUCUUUUCGUUGCUGCCUUCUCUAUCGCCACGGCUUGCGCCUCGGUCCUGCCCCUCAAUGCGAGGACCGAUGUUCCGGCGGAGACCCGCGCCGUUCCCGUCGGCGGCAUCGCCGAUGUCCAGUCUACCAUCACGGGCCUUAAGUCGACGAUUGACAAAGAGCUAGCCGACAUCACCGCCCUCGUUGGCACCGGCAAUCCCAGCGAUGCUGACAUCGCCAAGGCGAAGGACAAGCUCACCAGCCUCAUCUCCCAAGUUGAGGGCACCGUCGGCACCGUGACUCCUGCCAUCGCUGCUAUCGACCCCGCAACCGCGACCAUCAAAGAUGUGGUCGCUCUCGUCAAUGAAGUCCAGGCUCUUGUAGCUGCACUUCAGAAGGCUGUUGGAACUCUUCUCAAAUAUGGAAAUCUCUCGGGCAUCACGGUAUUGGUCAAGACCCUCUUGCAUACUGUAGAUAGCCUCCUCAACAUCGUCGUCAAUCUUGUUUUCCGCGUUCUGGCCACUGUUGGGUUGAACGGCCCUCUCGUUGCCGAGCUUCGCGACGCCGUUAAGGGUCUCCUUAACCUCGCCGUCGGCAUUCUUUCGCCCAUCGUUGUUGCUCUGCUCGGCGCCCUCUUGUAA